AUGGCUAGCAGUUCAGCAACAACGCAGGCCCGCUGGCGGCAAGCACCUCACGGCAAAGGAUAUGGGUUCUUCGCGUCUCGCGACUUCAAUGCUGGUGAAGAGAUCUUCCUUGAGCCUGGCUUCGGCGUCGUCCCAGAGUCACCACAAGACUUCAGUCCACCAUUCCCCGGUCCAGAUCGCGUGGGAGACGUGACCUUCGCCGCCAUCUGCUUGCACAUCACCGAAGAGAUGUGUCGACUGUACCACUUAAUGGCCGAGCCUGAACUUUCGCGGGGGAAUCUAGGCUGCACCGUCCAAGAGGCUGAAUUCCUCUUGACUCGCCCCGGCCAAACACCUCUCUAUGAUCGCAUCGUGGUGGCCACCAGGCAAAUGCGGAGCCUUGACACCACAAUCCGCAAGAGCAUAGUCCGGAUGGCUGUGAGAUUCUUCUCUGACGCGGGCGAGUACAAAGUGCAUACGGGCGACGUUGAAGACAACAGCAGCGGAUUCGGAUUCAUGACGGGCUCCAUGAAACAUUCUUGUCAGCCCAAUGCUGAGCUGCACGUGCCGUGCGACACGAAGCAACCAGAUACAUUUAAAAAGGUCGGCUGGUACCGCAUGCAGACUCCUCGCUUGGCAAUGCUGCUCCAGGCCACCAGACGCAUCAAGGGUGGUGAAGAGAUCACCAUCUCAUACGAUCGUGUGAAUGACCAUUUCCCGGAGAGUCGAGAAUCUCGUCUCGAGGACAUCAAGAGGACGUAUGGCUUCAAUUGUCGCUGCGACGCCUGCAUUUGUGAGGAAAACGACUCUCUGAUCAUGCGGUUGAAGGAUGAUGUCUUGAGAUUGCUGAAAGACUUUGAAGACUUUGAGGAGAUCCCGGCGCCCAAGAUGUACCGUCGAGCUGCGUACAUCCUGGACGGACUCGCCGAACUUGGAGUGGACGAUUGCACCGUCACAGCAGUCUGGGAUAUGUGCGCCGAAAGAGCCUGGUCGUGCUGUGACAUGAUCCGAGCACACUGGUUUGCCACGAAGGCGUUGGAACAUGGACAAAGGAUGUAUGGUGGACCGGCAACUAAGCGACCGGAGACGCUUCGGGCAUACGUGAUGCUGGGGCAAUCCAGGAACAACGAGGGUCUCGGCAACCCCGACAUCCAAGGCUAUUCCGCUGUCCCAACAGAUGGGUAUGACGUGCAACAAGCAGAUCUGGAAAAACUGAUGUUCGCCUUGAAGCACACCAACGCCGAGAUGUACUACCCCUGCCUGCAACUGGUCGAUGGCAGAGUUCAAGAGAUCAGCAGAGACGCAAACAGGAGACGACUGGCCAAGAUCCAGGCUGAGCGAGAGAAGCGACGAGAGGAAAUCAGAGCUGGCAAAACCGCCGAGCAGGAAGAAGAGAAGCUGUACAACAAGACUGUCGAGGAAGUCAUGUCGAUGCUGGAAGAGUCACCUGCGGGACGCAGCAGGAAGAAGAGGCAGAAGCAGAGGGUAAGGAGGAAUAGGGAUACGAAGGCCGCUAAAGUGGCACGGGAAGGCACCACGACGUCCACGGCGAGCACCUCAAAAGUGGCUCUGGGGAAAUGCCUAGGGCCAAUUCCUCCCUUUCACUCACGAUUUACUGCCAAAGGUGGUGAUCCGGAAGGCGUUUCCAAGCAAGAAUGGCAUGCAAACGCCUUGAACAUGGACGCUGUCCGCGUCAACAAGGCACGCGAUAUUGGGCAUCUCCUGGCGGCCAAGGAUGGCUACGCCAUCAAAAAUGAGAGCUACGUCCUCAGCACUCGUCGGGAUUCGGUGUGCGUUCGUGUCGAAGGCCGGCGCGAGCUGGUGGGAUUGGGAGCCGUGGCGUUGCGAAGGGCGAGGACACAUUCGUUUGGGAAUGAUCAGGGCCGUUGGGACAUGCUGAAGAUGGCGGACGUGCGAGAGAGCAAUGGGUUCUGGUGCCCUGUAGCCGGGUAUUCGGUGUGA